UCCUUUUGUACUUAGAUAAGUGUGGGAAGUCGCAACAGUAAACAAAACCAAAGUAAGGCAAUUGAGUUGGUAACUAUGGCUUCCCACCAGAUUUAGAAUCAGAUCCACCGUCACCAUCACCAUUAACCCCUUACCUUUAACAACACUUCACUCACUCUUUCUUAAUUCACACACAUUACCCUUAUCUUUUUUUCAGAUCUCAAAAACAACACAACACAAAAAUGAAAGAUUCAAACUCAAACUCAAACUCAAGCAGCACCAGUAGUAGAACUGAACCAAUAGGCCAAAACCUAAUCAAACUAAUAAGCAACUUAUGCUUCUCAUUCUUCGUCUUCUCCGUUCUCAUCUUCACCGUCAUUGCCAUCACUUACCAACCACCCGAUCCAUGGCUUCAAUCUUCACCAGCUCUCACCAAUCUCUUCACUCAACCCCAAAACGCCACCUUCCACAUCGACACCUCCGUUAUCAAAACCGGUGAAGACCUCACUCUUUCUCCACAACCUUCCCCCGCCGACUCCACCCCCGCUGUCACGGAGGCUGUAAUCGAAAAAUCCGAAGAGAAUAUCGCUAAUUCCUCCGCCACCGCUCCUUCAUCCUCCUCCUCCUCCUCCUGUGAUGAGCUUCUCGGAACGCUAAAUUGCUCUGAUCCUCGUGUUCUUAUUGCUAUUCAGAGAUUUAAUCUACGUGCUUUUAAGUCGAUUUCGUUUUUCGAGUAUCAAACUCCGGUUAACGGUGCUGUUUCCGGUGAUUGUGAUGUUUCCUGGAGGUUUCGUAAUAAGAGAGAGAAAUCAUGGCGGAAGUAUCGUGAUUUUCGCAGAUUUAGGUUAACUGUAACGGAUGAUUGUCGCUAUAAGGUUAUUCAUGCUGGUGGAUUUCAUUCUGGAGUAAAUGCGAGGAGAAAUCCGGUGCCACGGCCACGGACUGGUGGUAAGGGGAAAACCUUGCCUCGGGUAACGAAUCGUGAUGACGAGAUUAAUGACACGAUACCGAGUUUGGGAUCGGAGACUAAUUUCAGGAAUGGGAAGUAUUUGUAUUAUUCGCGAGGUGGUGAUUAUUGUAAGGGUAUGAAUCAUUUUAUGUGGAGUUUUUUGUGUGGUUUAGGUGAAGCUAUGUUUUUGAAUAGAACUUUUGUUAUGGAUUUGAGUGUUUGUUUAGGUGCAAUGUAUAACCCUAGUAAUAAAGAUGAAGAAGGGAAGGAUUUUAGGUAUUACUUUGAUUUUGAACAUUUGAAGGAGGUAGCUUCUAUUGUUGAAGAGGGUGAGUUUUUGAGGGAUUGGAAGAGAUGGGAUAAGACUCAUCUCAAGAAAAAGAAGGUUCCUGUUAGGAAAGUUGUUACUCAUAAGGUAACUCCUAUGCAACUUCAGAAAGAUAAGAGCACUGUCAUUUGGAGGCAAUUUGAUUCGCCUGAGCCGGAGAAUUAUUGGUAUAGGGUUUGUGAAGGUCAAGCUGCUAAGUAUAUUCAGAGGCCUUGGCAUGCAUUGUGGAAAUCGAAGAGGUUGAUGAACAUUGUUAGUGAGAUUAGUGGAAGAAUGGAUUGGGAUUUCGAUGCAGUUCAUGUGGUUCGGGGAGAGAAAGCUCAAAAUAAGGAGUUAUGGCCUAAUUUGGAUUCAGAUACUUCGCCAGAUGCUCUUCUUGACAAGCUUAAAGGGUUGGUUCAACCUUGGAGGAAUUUGUAUAUUGCUACUAAUGAGCCCUAUUAUAAUUACUUUGAUAAACUAAGAGCGAAUUUCAAGGUUCAUUUGCUUGAUGAUUAUAAGGAACUGUGGGGGAAUUCGAGUGAAUGGUACAAUGAAACUAGUCUUCUUAACAAUGGAAAGCCUGUUGAGUUUGAUGGAUACAUGAGGGUGGCGGUGGAUACUGAGGUCUUUUACCGUGGAAAGACUCGUGUGGAAACAUUUUAUAAUUUGACUAAAGAUUGCAAAGAUGGAAUUAAUACAUGCUAAUCCAGUUGGAACUGCUGAUUUUGAUGCUUAUUCAUUGUACAAUCAAACCUCCCUUUUCGAUUCAGUUUUAGAUUCAUAUCACCCGGAUAAAUUUAAGCUCAUUGUUAUGCUUGCUUGUUCUUUUAUUGUAUUGAUUGAUGAUUGAUUGCCUCUGUUGAUUAUCAUGAUUUUGUAUACAACAUAUCAUAGAAUGCUUUAAUUUCCUCUUGUACUUAAAUUGUGCACUUUCUCAGUAACUGCUUUUCCUAUUCCUAA